CAUGCACACUAUUACACCCACUUCUGUCAAUAUUUAUAUAGCCUUUGCUCCUUUUCCUCUCCUCCCAACAAAUCAACAACCCAAUGUCUCCGCCAAUCUCCUCCUCCUCCUCCGAUGUCAUUGAUUUUGUGGUGCACAAAGGGAACGGAGUAAAGGGUCUUGUAGAUACAGGCCUAGAAACUGUUCCAGAGCCUUACAUCCAACCUCUUGAAGAAAGACUAGACCCAACCAAAUUCCAACCGGAGAAUUCCAUUCCCAUCAUCGAUGUCUCAAACUGGGAUGACCCAAAGGUAGUAGAUUCAAUCUGUGAUGCUGCUAGCAAAUGGGGUUUCUUCCAGAUAGUCAAUCAUGGGGUGCCUUUGGAGGUUCUAGAAAAUUUGAAGAACGCAGCUCAUAGCUUCUUUCAGCUACCAUCUGAAGAAAGAAAGAAGUAUCUAAAAGAAAACUCUCCUUCCGAGGCUGUGUGCUUGUUUACAAGCUUUAGUCCUCAAGCAGAGAAGGUCCUGGAAUGGAAAGAUUUCCUUAGACUCUCUUGGGUUUCUGAGGAUCAGGCUUCUGCUUUCUGGCCUCCUGUAUGCAAGGAAGAAGCGCUAGAAUACGUGAAAAAGGUUGAACUUUUGACCAAAAGGCUGCUAGAGGCGCUAUUAAAGAGACUUGGUGUGAAAGAAAUCGACAAGACAACAGAAUACAAGUUAAUGGCUUCACCAAUUCUUAGCCUAAAUUACUAUCCCUGCUGUCCAAACCCUGAGCUCACUGCCGGAGUAGGCCGCCACUCCGACAUAUCAACCAUAACAAUCCUUCUUCAAGAUGAUACCUGUGGACUUUACGUGCGAGGAACUAGUAAGGAUAGCUGGAUCCAUGUCCCCCCCGUCAAUGGAGCACUAGUCAUCAACAUUGGGGAUGUACUACAAAUAAUGAGCAAUGACAAGUACAAAAGCAUUGAGCACAGGGCAAUUGCAAACAGAAGCAAGAAUAGAGUUUCAAUCCCUUUUUUUGUGAACCCAGGAUCUGAUGCCACUAUUGGACCUCUACCUGAAGUGUUAGCAAGUGGAGAGACACCAAUAUACAAGCAUGUUGUCUUCUCAGAUUACUUCAAGCAUUUCUUCAGCAAGGCUCACGAUGGAAAGAACACUAUUGAAUUUGCCAAAAUAUGAUACACUGGCUUAAUUUAUAUUGCAUUUAAACAAAUGUAUUUGGAAAUUCAGGUAAUAAAUAGCAUUUUAGUUGCUAUAAGUACUCUAGACUAGAGGAUCUAAACUAUUUAUUGUUAUUAUUUUCUUAUAAUUUUUUAUUAUUGUUGAAUGUGCUAUC